GUCCCGUAAAAGCUCUUUAGAGAGAAAAAACACGAACAGAGCUAAAUUUUUUUCUCGUCGUUUGCCUCCUCCCCGCGUCGCGCUCUCUCGCUCGUGCCAAUGGCCGCCUCAUCUUCUUCUUCCUCAUCCUCCACGUCCUCGGGUUCUGAUUCCCUGUCUUCUCCCUCUCACCGUCGCCGUCGUCACCGUAGCCGCCGAGACCGGGAAAGAAACAGAGAAGCCCUCAAGAUCAGAAAGAAAAGCCGCUCCCACACUAAACGACGUCGCCGAAACCAUCACCACUCCGAUAAUUCUCACUCUUCAUACGCCUCUGAUUAUUCCAGAAGUGACAGUUCUUCCCACAGUGAGCCUGAAACAUCUAGUCAUUCGAAGCGGCACAAGAAGAGCGACAGACCAAAGAAGAACAAGGAAAAGGACCAAAGCAAGAGUGAUCGCCAUAAACAGCAUAGUCGUAAACUUAAAGAGAAACAGCAGGAUGAGAGAAGUAGCGGCCCUGUUCAGCUUUCUAAGUUUUUAGCACGUGACAAGGAUGAUGGUGUUCGUCUUAGUGCUAUCUCUGGAAAAAAGAUUCGAUUGAAAGUUGAUAAAACGAAGGAGGACAAGUUGGCGGAGAAUAAAAGAAAUGAACUGUUGAAAUUUCUAAAUGCUAGUUUUGAUUGAACUUGUGGAGCUUGAAGUCAAGUCACUGGAAUUAAGACAAAGAAGAAAUCGUUUUAGCAAGGUAACCAUACUUAAAUAUCCUAGACUGGGGUUCUAUUUCACCAAUUUGUGUUUGGCUUUGUUACCCGUUGGAUAGGAAAGCAUUGUUGAAUUGGAAUCUGAGCUUCUAUUAUAGUUGUGGUGAGAAGUAUGUAUUGGAUUUUGGUGUUGUAUUGUAUCAAAUUGAUACUUCAUUUAUGUUAUUGCUUUAUAUGAACA